GUGUGCAGGGCCGGUUGGCGCGGCGGAGCAGCUGCCUGUCCGGGGGAUCAGCUCGGAUCAGCGCCCGAACGGCCCCUCACCGCCUAUUUCCGUUUUAUGAUGGAAAACCGUUCGGCGUUCAGGGAAAAGAACCCAGAAGCGAGCAGCAUAGAGCUGGCUAAAAAAUUAGCAGGUGCUUGGAGGGAGUUACCAGCAUCACAGAAGCAGGUUUACGAGGAAGCAAAAAAGACAGAUUGGCAAAGAUAUGGAGAGCAGCUGGCCAAAUACAAAGCCCAGCUAACUCCAGCCCAGGCUGCAGCUCUGAAAGAGGAAAGGAGGAAACAACUGGCAAGGAGAAGAUCACUCCGGGCAAAAAGAGAAUUGACUGCGCUUGGAAAACCCAAAAGACCUCGUAGUGGCCUUAACAUUUUUGUGGCAGAAAAAUUUCAAGAGAGUGAGGGAAUUUCACCUGCGGCAAAGCUGAAGAAAUUAUUUGAUGCAUGGCAAAAACUCUCCACUUCUCAAAAGCAGCAAUACCUGCAGCUUGCUGAAGAUGAUAAGGUUCGGUACGAGAACGAAAUGAAGUCGUGGGAAGCAAAAAUGGUCGAACUGGGACGCGAAGACCUGGUGCGUUCCAAAAAGAAAAGGCUAAAAAAGAAACCUGCUGAGACUGCAAAGCAAGCUGGGACAGCCAGAACUUCCUUGGGUACCAAGGCAAAAUUAAAGCUGAAAAAACCAGAAGAGUAAAAUGGUUAAGUAUUUUAUAUUUAAUCCCUUUUGGUUGUCAUGUCUCCGUCCUGUUACGUUAAUGCUGCAGUCAGUGUUAGCACUGAAAUUUGAAAGCCCUAAAAGCCCAUGAAAGGGUCCAGUGGAAAGGUGAUCAGGUAAGAGAGGAGUCAUUGUCUCUCAGAACUGACUGAAAUAAUCACUGCAGGUAUAAGCUGAACUGGAACAGAAAUCAGUUAAUCAAGCUAUGAGUACUGAUACUCACUGACAUCAGCACAGCCCUCCAGUAAUGGUAGAUAACAGCCAGCUUUUAUAAGAUAUUUUUUUAUAAAAGAAAGAAUACUCUACAAUGUUACCAUCUAAAAUCUGUAAAUAAAAGCUGAAAUCUGA